UAAAGAGUGCACAACAGAUAUGGACUCCGACACGUGGAACGCGUACCACAUCGUUAGCAACAGGGCGCGCUCUGUGUGCUACGCUGCCCGCCAGCAGCUCUUCCGGCGUCGCGCCGAGCACACGGUCAACACUCUGAUCUCCACAGCAGCCAGCCAGCUGGAUGCAAUGAAGGAGCUGAAGGAAGGGCAGCAGGAGCUGAGAGAACUAAAUGCAGACUCCGUGGACAAGCUGCUUGCGGGGCACAGUGCCCUGCAGACCCAGCAGGGAAAACUGUUUGAGGGAGCUCAUGGAUAGUUCACUGAAGGCCAAUUUGGAGCACCUGGGCCAGGAGAAGGCCCUCAUUGCCUCUGGACA